UUCCUUAUAAGAUUACCAGUCAUGUCUGGAAGAGGAAAGGGAGGCAAAGGCCUGGGCAAAGGAGGCGCUAAGCGUCACCGCAAGGUCCUCCGUGAUAACAUCCAGGGCAUCACCAAGCCCGCCAUCCGCCGUCUGGCCCGCCGCGGCGGAGUCAAGCGUAUCUCCGGCCUCAUCUACGAGGAGACCCGCGGUGUGCUCAAAGUGUUCCUGGAGAACGUCAUCCGUGAUGCCGUCACCUACACCGAGCACGCCAAGAGGAAGACUGUCACCGCCAUGGAUGUUGUCUACGCCCUCAAGAGGCAAGGACGCACUCUGUACGGCUUCGGAGGAUAAAUCUCACAUUUCAUCAAUCAAACAAAAGGUCCUUUUAAGGGCCAUACACUACUUCUAACAGCCAAUUAUCCUUUGAUAUCAUUAUGUAUUGCCCACGAUUUAACGAUUUCGCUUCUACGUCGUAUCGAUAGGGAUAGAUUUUCUCAUGAUUCAGUAGCAAUUCUUAUAUGUCUUUAUAUGUUGAAAAUUGAAUUGACUUAUAUACAACAUGCCCACUCAUACAGAUCUAAAAUUGGGUUGGUAUCAGUAUCAUUAAUAGUGCAAGCGGAUACACUCGUCAUGCAUAACAUUUUUUCUCCCAAUUUGAUGCCAGUUAAAAUCAGACUUAUCAAUUUGUGUAACUGUGACACUAAAUUUGCCCUAGUGUAUGAGUGUGAAUGUUGUCCGUCUAUCUGUGUUGGCCCUGCGAUGAGGUGGCGAACUUGUCCAGGGUGUACCCCGCCUUCCACCCGAUUGUAGCUGAGAUAGGCGCCAAUGACCCCGAAAGGGAAUACGCGGUAGAAAAUGGAUGGAUGGAUGUGGAAUGUGUGUGAUACCACCACUGAUUUUGUUCACCUUUCUGAUACCGAGUAAAAUUCAGGCUGGUAUCGGCAGUAGUGUUCCAAUACCGAUACUUAAUGCGCAUAUAGCUAAUCUGUGUGUGGUCAAAUGAUACAAAGUGUAUUACAAAUGUUUGAUGCGCUCGGGGAUUCGUCCUCAAACGAUAUCAAACCACAGGGAUAAUAAACAAAUUGUGUUGUUCGA